UUUCUUUUUACCUUCACCAGAAAUAGUUAUUGGAAGUAAUGAAUUUCGGGGCCGAACUCAAAAAUGAAAAUAUUGAAUAUAAAAGUAAUCUAUUAUCCAGAAUCUUUUUCAUAUGGACAAUACCGUUGGUCAGAAAAGGACUCAAAAAUCCCCUCAAAUUGGGAGAUCUAUUCAAAGUUGUAGAUGACGACAAAACGGAGAAUCUUACGAGAGAGUUAGAACAGUGUUGGAAAGAAGAACUGAAGACUACUAGUAUAAGUGGAAUCAAACCAAGAUUACAAAAAGUAAUGUGGAAAUUAUACUUGAGAAGAGCACUACCUUUCUAUGCUUUGAUACUCAUUAACUCGAUUUUUCUCAAAAUACUACCCUGCGUUAUGUUGCAGAAAUUAACGGCGAAGUUUAUAGUGGAUGACUCUGACGGUACCAUAGGCAAAUGGAUAUUGGGAACUCUACUGAUACUAUUUUCUUUUAUAUCAUGCAUUUUCCAUCAAUUUUCAAAUUAUAAUCUGACAUGCCUGGCAAUAAGGAUGAGAGCUUCUACAUCGUCCUUAAUAUAUAUUAAGGUACUGAGAAUGAGUAUGAAUUCCCUAGAGAAAAUAUCAGCAGGAAAAAUAGUCAACAUUCUGUCAAAUGAUCUAAAUCGAUUCAUUGAACUGGUGAUUGGUCUACAAUACUUUGUAAUUGGCCCGCUACAAUUAUUAGUUAUAACCUUAUCAAUGUGGCAGUUUAUUGGAUUACCUUCAAUAACAGGGAUGCUCUUUCUUGUCAUUUUUGCUCUACCAUUUGAAAUAAUUAUGGGAAAACUUUCCUCGACGUUUCGCCGGAAAGUCGCCAAAGCAGUAGACACUAGGGUGAAGCUCAUGAAUGAGAUUAUAUCUGGAAUAAAGGUCAUAAAAUUGUACGCAUGGGAAAAACCUUUCGAAAAACUUGUUGAAUUGGCCAGAGAAUCAGAGUUGGAGCAAAUAAUGAAAUACCUUACCUGGCAAGUUUUUUUCUACAAUAAAACGAUACAGAAAAUUAGUUCAUAUCUAUCGAUAAUUUCGAUAUUUUUUAUCAACAAAACAAUUACAUCCGAUGCAGUAUUUUCCUGUUUUCAAUACAUGUCGGUCUUGCGUAAUGUGUUUCUUGUUUGGUUUCCUCGAGGAGUAGCAGUAACACUGGAGUCUUUAGUCACAUUCGAUCGAGUUAAUGAGUUAUUGCUGCUAGAAGAAGUUUCAAGGAAAAACGAAGAAGGUCACGAAGUUGGGAGAAUUUUAUUUAAUAACGUUACAGCAGCAUAUUCUCCAGACAGUGAGUUUCAGCUACGUUUAGAUGGAAUAGAUAUCGCCCCUGGUACUUUGUGUGCUAUAGUUGGGCAAGUAGGAUCAGGCAAAUCUUCAGUUCUACACUUAUUACUCAGAGAAUUAUUCCCAAAGUCUGGUCAAAUUAUGGUGGGUGGUUCAAUAGCUUACAGCUCCCAGGAAACCUGGUUGUUCAGUUCAACAGUUCGAGAAAAUAUUCUGUUUGGUCAAGAGUAUCAUGAUUUGAAAUACAAAAACGUUAUAAAUGCAUGUAACUUGGAAGUCGAUUUCGAACGUUUCCCCAAUGGCGACUUCAGCCUGGUGGGGGAAAGAGGAGUCAUAUUGAGUGGAGGUCAGAAAGCUCGCAUCAAUUUGGCCAGGGCCAUCUACAGGGAUUCCGACAUUUAUCUACUAGAUGACCCUUUGUCUGCAGUAGAUACUGAAGUAGGGCGACAUCUCUUCGAUCGUUGCAUUUUGACUUAUCUCAAAGGAAAAACAAGGUUAAUAGUAACUCAUCAGCUCCAUUACCUAGAAAAAGCUGAUUUGAUUAUUUUCAUUGAUAAGGGUGUAGGGAGAGCUUACGGAAGCUUGAAAGAAUUGACGGCAGAAAGAAACAGAGACAUUGUAUUGAGUGAAGUAGAUACACAAAGUGAAUUGAAUGAACACAACAAAAAAGAAUUAAUACUGAAAGAUAAUGAUAAAAUUGUUUUUGAAACUGGCAAGAAGUUUCAAGAUUUAUCCGAAGAGGACACACCAAGAAAUAAUAAUGCUAUUCUGGAGUACUUGAAGUCGAGUGGAAGUUUUUGGAGCUUAAUAUUUAAUUUAUUUUUGUUCACAGUUGUGUACUCACUCUAUACAUUUUCUGACUACUGGCUUGCUUUGUGGUGCCGAAAAGAAUAUUCCAGUGGCGUCGAAGAAACAGUAUUAGUAACAAUAAACACUACCCAAAAUAUAUCACUUUAUGAAUAUGGAAUAGUCCCAAACGUUUCUAGGAGGAUAUCAGCCGAAUCCAAAGAAGGAGUGAUCAUUUAUAGUGGCCUCAUGUUUGCAAUCAUUUUUGUGACAGUAUAUUGUAAUCACAGGAUAAUCAAAUUUUUUGUAGCUGCUUCGAAGAAAUUACACGAAAAUAUGUUCCACAAUCUAUUGAAGGUUCCGAUGUCUUUUUUCAAUAUGUAUCCUAGCGGAAGAAUAUUAAAUAGGUUUUCCUCAGAUAUGGGAACCAUUGACGAAUCGUUCCCGGAAUCAGUGAAAAGUGUUUGCGAGGUAUACUUUUUUACCACGGCCACUGUAGUAGUUAUCAUUACGACGAACUGGUACAUGUUUCCAUUUAUGAUAGUAGUACUAUACGUGUAUUGGAAGUUGCAGAAUUUAAUUUCUGUGAUUGGAAAACAAACGAAGCACUUGGAGGUAGUGGCUAAAUCUCCAGUAUUUUCGUUUUUCAUCUCUUCUUUAAUGGGUAUCACAACUAUAAGAGCCAGUGAGAUGGAACAUACGCUUAAAACACAAUUUUACAAAUUGAUGGAUACAUAUACAAGCGCAGCACGACUUUGUAAUGUUUGCGCUCAUUCGUUUUCCUUUUGGGUGGACUUCAUUGGUAUCAUAAUCAUAGCAACCACAGUCUACUUUUUCAUCGCACUUCAUAAUACCUUUAAUGGAAGUGAUGCAAGUUUUGUAGGACUAGGAAUUUAUCACUCUCUUCAAUUAUCAGCAAUCGUACAGUAUGGAAUGAGGAGGAGUAUCGAUGUUAUACAUAGCGUGGUUUCCAUCGAAAGAAUUAUAGAAUAUUCCAAGCUUCCGACAGAAGACUGUAACGAGAAUAUCAGAGGUAUUCUGCACAACGAAUGGCCACAAACAGGAAAGAUUGAGUAUAAAAACGUUUCUAUGAAAUAUUCUGAUACCUUGGCUCUGAGAGGAAUUACGUUCACGAUAAAUCCAAAAGAAAAGGUAGGAGUGGUAGGUAGAACGGGUGCCGGAAAGUCUUCUCUAAUAACAGCCCUAUUCAGUCUAAGUCAAUUUGAUGGAAUUAUAUCAAUUGAUGGCGUAGACACAAAAACUAUCAAGUUAGAUGCACUACGAAGAAGUAUAUCAAUAAUCCCACAAGAUCCUGUAUUGUUUUCGGAAACCAUUCGUCACAAUUUGGAUCCUUUUGGGCAGUGCACAGACAGUCAAAUAUGGGACGCAUUGGAUCAGGUACAUCUAAAAAGUGCUAUUUCCUCACUCGAUAUGAUGGUCACAGCAGGGGGAAACAAUUUCAGUACCGGACAAAAACAACUAGUUUGUUUAGCAAGAGCCGUUUUGAAAAAUAACAAAAUAGUUGUGUUAGAUGAAGCUACUGCCAAUGUCGAUCACAGGACUGACGAAUUGAUUCAAACAAGGAUAAGAAACAAAUUCUCUGAGUGUACCAUUUUGACCGUUGCUCAUAGACUAAAUACCAUCAUGGACUCCGAUAAAGUUUUGGUGAUGGAAGCUGGUAGGAUUUUUGAGUACGAUCACCCACAUAUUUUAAUCGAGAAAAAAGGAAUAUUCUUCAGUUUGGUAAUGGAAACAGGAGAUUCGGUUUCGAAACAUUUGAUGGAUGUGGCUCGUGUGUAUUACAAGAAUAAUUUCCAACAAAACAAAUAGAUCAUGAAUUCGUAAUAUUUGCAAUAAGACCUUAUACGAACUUUUAUUUCAUCGUUAUGAGGUGUUAAGAAAAAUUGGUUGAUCAUUUCCAAUAUUGUCCAGAGCUCAACUAACUUUUGAAAUGUUCUUAUCUGAUAACAAUGUUCAUUAUUCAACUGAGGAAUUUUGAAAAUAAAUACUGGAUAAUCUA